AUGGCCGACGACGCCCAGCAUGAGCACACCUUCGACAGCGCCGACGCCGGUGCGUCCGCGACUUUCCCUAUGCAGUGCUCUGCUCUGCGUAAGAACGGUCACGUUGUGAUCAAGGGCCGCCCUUGCAAGAUCGUCGAUAUGUCUACCUCCAAGACUGGAAAGCACGGUCACGCCAAGGUCCACUUGGUCGCCAUCGACAUCUUCACUGGCAAGAAGCUCGAAGAUCUGUCUCCCUCCACCCACAACAUGGACGUCCCGAACGUGUCCCGCAAGGAGUUCCAGCUUCUUGACAUCACCGACGAUGGAUUCCUUUCCCUUAUGGAUGAUGGCGGCAACACCAAGGACGACGUCAAGGUCCCUGACGGUGAAGUUGGUGACAGAAUCAACAAGCUCUUCACCGAUGAGGGCAAGGAUGUUAGCGUUACUGUCAUGUCUGCCAUGGGUGAGGAAGUUGCUGUCGAGUGCAAGGGUGCUUAG